UUGAAGAGUUUACCCUGAGUAGCUCCCAAAAGACUGUUAUACAUUUUCUACAACUGAAGAUAUGAUCGCCUUCAUUUAUUUCUUUGUUUUGCUGUGGGAUGAGGCUCAAGGCUGGGGAUUCAAGGAUGGAAUCUUUCAUAACUCCAUUUGGCUUGAACAAGCAGCAGGAGUCUAUCACAGAGAAGCACGUGCUGGCAAAUAUCAGCUUACUUAUGCAGAAGCAAAGGCAGUAUGUGAAUAUGAAGGAGGGCAGCUUGCCACCUAUAAACAAGUAGAGGCAGCCAGAAAAAUAGGAUUCCAUGUGUGUGCUGCAGGAUGGAUGGCCAAGGGUAGAGUUGGUUAUCCCAUUGUGAAGCCAGGGCCCAAUUGUGGAUUUGGAAAAACCGGCAUUAUUGAUUAUGGAGUCCGCCUCAACAGAAGUGAAAAAUGGGAUGCUUACUGCUACAACCCUCAUGCAAAAGAGUGUGGAGGGGUCUUCACAGACCCAAAACGAAUCAUUAAAUCUCCAGGAUACCCAAGGGAAUAUGAAGAUAACCAAAUCUGCUACUGGCAUAUUCGAUUAAAGUAUGGUCAACGUAUUCAUCUAAGUUUUCUGAACUUCAAUCUUGAAGAUGACAUAGCUUGCCUUGCUGACUACUUAGAAAUAUACGACAGCUAUGAUGAUAUUCAUGGAUUUGUAGGAAGAUACUGUGGAGAUGAAAUACCAGAAGAUAUUAUUAGUACAGGAAAUGUUAUGACCUUGAAGUUUUUAUCUGAUGCUUCAGUGACAGCAGGCGGUUUUCAACUCAAGUAUGUUACAGUGGACCCCACAUCUAAAACAGGUGAAGGAAAAAAUGCCAGCACAAGUUCUCAUGGAAAUAAAAACUUUUUAGCUGGAAGAUUCAGCCAUUUGUAAACCAACACAGAAUCAUCAAAAAUGAUGGUAUUUGGUGAUUGCAUUUUCUUUUUACAACUCUCUUUGUAUCUUACUUUUAAAAAGAAGUCACUGCUGUCAUCCAGAGGGACAGGGGCCAAACGUCUUGUUAAUGCUAACCAUUUGCACUACUGUGGUGAACAGUGAAUUUAGUGGAUGAGGAUUAAAAUCCAACUAACAAAAUAAAAGUGAGAAGAAGCACUAAAGAGAAGAUAACUUUAUCUUUCUGAACCCAACAAAAUCAAGAAAUUUCCUGAGUGAAUAUUAUUUAACACCCAUUAAUUUUUCUUCCUGUUUUUCAUAAAUGUGAGCUAUUUAUGAUUAGUAUUACAUGUUACUUAGACCCAACUCUUUGUGAUUUUUUCAUUAUUCUGUAUCUGCCCCAUUAGAUUCUGAUUUAAAGCUUUCUCUCUCUUUUUUUUUUCCAAUUGCAAUGAUGUGAUUUUACAACUUCGAAGUUCCCAUAACUUGAAGUGAGUCUUAGGAAUCUUAACUAAUGUCAAAAAAGUUUAAUUGUCAAAUGAGAUACAUAUUCAUAUAUAUAAAGUAUGAAUAUAUUUUAAAAAAUAAAAAGGACUUUAGAAAAGUAAAGUAUCACCAUUGGUAGAUGUACACCAAGCAGGAUUUUCACAUCAGCUACAUCCAUAUAUAUGAAAGUGUUAGCAUAAUACUAAGCAUAUUUCCAUAAACUUUGCAUAUACUGUGGAUUUGUGUGUACUUUUAUAAACAAUAUUUCCUUAUUAGGAGACAUUCAAUUUUAAAUGAUUACUGAUAUCACUAAUGUAAUAAUUUCCACUUUCCCCCCUUUUCUAUUCUUUCCCAUUUACCCAGUAAAAUUGACCUAAGUCCCUAUUAUUUAUAAAUGUGGGACUUGAGGAAGGAGAAUAGAAGAAGGGGAACAGAAGUCUUCUAUAUAGUGUUUGUAGAUCUUGAGACUAAUAAAAUAACAAGAUUAGCUUUAGAUUCCUGAUCAUCAAUGAUCAUUAUUAUUUUUUAAAAAGGUACCAAAAAAUUAUAAUACUUUUUACUCACCUUUGUAAUACCUUUUCUAGUACCCUAAGUCCUAAGGAACACUACUGUCAAUAAAUAUUCAUUUAAAGUCUGUGUGCUUGGCACUGUAUCUAUAAGCAUUUAAUUAUGAGAUGUUCUCUCUCCUCACUUCUUGAAACUCAUACCUCCCUUGAAGGCUCAAUUUAUGUGCCACUUUCUUCAAGAAGCCUUUUGUGAUUCCUUCAGUUGUUACUACCCAAUCCCUAUCCCUUUGUAUUUAUUUUGUAUAUAUCUUGUUUAUAUUUAUCUGUGUACAUAUUUUCUUCCCCUAAAAGAAUGUAAUUGCCUUAUGGGGUGACACUCUCAUUUUUAUAUUUGUAUGUGCUCAGUGCCUGGCACAUAAUAGGUGCUUAAUAAAUAUUUUUAGAAUUGAAUUUUCAUUGAAUUGAAAUUGUUUAAUAUGUUGUAUGACAAUAGCUAUGUGUGCAAUUAAUGAUUAAUUUAGCACAAUGAUAAUACAUUUAAUGUCAG